AUGGCGCAGGGCGGCCAGGGAUGCGUGUGGGUAACGGCUGCAUCGUGCUCUGCAGCCCCACAGCUCCCUCAGCACCGCACUCCACGAGCAGAUGCAGAGAGGGCGCGGUCUCCGGUCGCCAGGGGCUGCGGAGCUGGGGUUUUCCAGUGGUAGUGUGAAGUCCCGGGAAGCUGGCCCACUUCAAAGUGCAUGAGAAAGGUCUAUCUGCGCAGCCAUGGCGCUCCCCUUUCAGAAGGAGCUGGAGAAAUACAAGAACAUCGAUGAGGACGAGCUUCUUGGCAAGCUCUCAGAAGAGGAACUGAAACAGUUGGAAAAUGUUCUAGAUGACCUAGAUCCCGAGAGUGCAAUGCUACCAGCUGGAUUCCGACAGAAAGACCAGACCCAGAAAGCAGCCACUGGCCCAUUUGACAGAGAGCACCUCCUCAUGUACCUGGAGAAGGAGGCUUUGGAACAGAAAGACAGGGAGGACUUUGUACCCUUCACAAGAGAAAAGAAAGGGAGAGUGUUUAUCCCCAAAGAGAAGCCUGUGGAAGCUCCAAAAGAAGAGAAAGUAACUCUGGACCCAGAACUGGAAGAAGCCUUGGCCAGCGCAUCUGACACUGAACUCUACGAUCUUGCAGCUGUCCUUGGAGUCCACAAUUUGCUCAACAAUCCGAAGUUUGAUGAAGAAACAACCAAUGGCAAAGGUCACAAAGGGCCUGUAAGGAAUGUUGUCAAAGGUGAAAAAGCCAAACCAGUAUUUGAGGAGCCACCGAACCCCACAAAUGUGGAAGCAAGUCUGCAGCAGAUGAAGGCCAAUGACCCGAGCCUGCAAGAGGUCAACCUGAACAACAUCAAGAACAUUCCAAUUCCAACCCUAAAGGAAUUUGCGAAGACUCUAGAGACCAACACCCAUGUGAAGAAGUUCAGCCUGGCUGCAACCCGCAGCAAUGACCCUGUGGCCCUUGCUUUUGCAGAUAUGCUAAAAGUCAACAAGACCUUGAAAAGUCUAAACAUAGAGUCCAAUUUCAUCACUGGAACUGGGAUCCUGGCCCUAGUGGAAGCCCUUCGGGAGAAUGACACCUUGACAGAGAUCAAGAUCGACAAUCAGAGGCAGCAGUUGGGAACAGCUGUGGAGAUGGAGAUAGCCCAGAUGCUGGAGGAGAACUCAAGGAUACUCAAGUUUGGGUACCAGUUUACCAAGCAAGGGCCACGGACAAGAGUGGCAGCUGCCAUCACAAAGAAUAAUGACCUGGUUCGCAAGAAGAGAGUUGAAGGAGACCGGAGGUAAAGCUCCCUAAAAGAGGUGAAGUCGCACUACACAGCCAUCUGAAAAACAACACAAACUCAUCCUCUUCUCCAUGGGACCGUUUUAUCAAAGGCUGUUGGUUUCCGUUAACCAUAAUUUUAACUAUUACUCUUUUUUAGCAGUACUUAUUUAUGUGAGAUUCUGCAAUGUGUGUAGCAGUUUGACUUGCUCCUGGGCACGCCUGGCAGCUUGCACAAAUA